UGUUGUUUUUGGUGAUUCUACGUCAACGAUAAAUAGGAUGAAUUUGUGUUAUUUUAUACGUAAAACGAGCCAUUUUGCAUAAAAGAGAAAUGUUAUAGUAAUCUUCAAUAAGUCUGAACUGCAUUUAUGUGUCUGUCUUUGAGUUUUUUACACCAGAUUUUUUGUAGAAGUGGACAAGUUUAAGCUGCUGAUUGGAGAUAUAUACCAACUUUUAUGCCUUCUAUUGAAGAACAAGCUACAGGAAUAACAGAGUAUACAGCAUAUAUAAAAUGGAAAUAAGUAACAAAAGUGUUGUCAGUUCAAAGUGACCUGAUAGUCUAGUACAGCAUUCACACAACACCUAACCUUUAUACAUAUGUAAGCAUUAUUAGAUGAUCCAAAUUAAUCUGAAUAGUGAUCAGAAACGAAACCUAAUCUAGAGGAACCCAGAUUCCACAGUAACAACUGCAUAUCAAACAGUAUGAAGAACAUGGAUGAGGUGAACUGUAGAAAGGGUGAUGUGUCAAAUACACAGGUUGUCUCUCUUGCCACAGAAACUACCCUUAAUAACUCUGGACUUAUGUUUUCUGAUGGAACCAAUAUGCUUGCUUCUUCAGAUUUAGCCCUGGAUGAUAGUGGCACAACAUAUGUGACUCUUCCACUGCAUUUACUUCAGGAUGGUUCAAUACUUGAUUCAGGAUCUGGAGUUCAUAACUUAAUUCUUAAAAAUCUAGCCAGCAACACAGUGUAUCUCGAUACUAGUCAGUUGACCCUUCUGUCUGGGGGUUCUAGUCAAGUAGUAUUAAGUACAGAUGGCCUUGUUGAAGAUGGAGAUGGAAAGAUUAUAUUGGAUGCAGAAAAUGCAGACAAGAAUUCCAACAAAAUUUCAGUUAUACCAGGCCUGGGAGUUGAUAUUUCAACCAUUGAUUUGACAAACCUUAGUGGUGAAGGAGGAAGUGGAGAUGUAGUUUCUGAUCCAACAGAGGAUGGAGAAGUCACCAAGCGUGGGUGUCUCACAUUUGAUCUCCCCACAGCCAUUUCUUCCCAAUCAGCUAGUAAGCAAAAUCAUCAGGUUCAUCAGCGUACAUCAUCAAGAAGAGGUCCUGGACGACCUAGGAGGGAAGAUACAGAAGUGGAUCCUCCCAUUGGAAAGGGUCCAUUUAAGUGCCCUAUUUGUGCUAAGGAGUUUUCAAAAUCAUCACAGUGCAAGAGACAUGUGAAGUGCCAUUCUGAUGACAAGCCAUUUCUUUGUAAUUUGUGUCCAUCAUCAUUCAAUGUGGAGUCAAAUUUGAUUCUUCAUAAGGCAACUCAUAAUGUAGAUGACCCACGAUGUCCUGAGUGUAAUAAGAAGUUCUCUCGCAUUGCAAGUUUAAAGGCCCAUGUGAUGCUGCAUGAGAAGGAGGAGAGCCUGUUCUGCUCUGAGUGUGGUGAUGAGUUCAGCACAAUAGCCCAACUUGAAGAACAUAAAAAGGAGCACCAAAAUGAAUGGGUGAAACCUUCUACCCCACAGUGUCGACAGUGCAAAUGGCAAUUCUCUCGUGCUUCAGCACUGCGUGAGCAUAUGAAGGAACAUUAUAAGGUAAAAGCUUCGCUGUCACACAAAAGCCAUAAACGUAACAUAGAUCGAAGCACUUUCAUCCAUAAAUGUGAUACCUGCGACAAAUGCUUCCAGAAACCAAGCCAAUUGGUCCGACAUAAGAGGAUUCACACAGGUGAAAGGCCAUAUAAGUGCCAGUUAUGCUCAAGAGCUUUCAACCAGAAAGGCUCUCUACAAAUUCAUAUGUCCAAACACAAUGGUAUUAAACCAUUUCACUGUGAAUUUUGUGCUGCUGCUUUCAGUCAGAAAGGUAAUCUCCGUGCUCACAUUGUACGAGUUCAUACAAUCCCAAACUCAGGAGAACAGGUCUAUAAAUGCAUGGAGUGCCCAUGUGUGUUUAAAAAAUUGGGAAGCCUUAAUGCACAUAUGAGUCGAAUGCAUUGUGGUGAUGGCACACAGAAGAUUGAUGGAUCAGAUACCAGUGAUACAUCCCACAUGGUGAAUGUGCGAGCUGUGUUGUCGCAGUUGGCAGAACUGCAAGCAGAUGUGGCAGGAGACAAAAGCAAGAUGCCUGACCAGCCAAGUGAUGCAGACAUUCUUCAGCAGGCUCUGGUUAAUAGUGGCCUCUCUGGGAAAGAUCAGUCUGCUCUGCGAGGACUGCAGGAUGGUUCUUCCAAACAGGAAAGCAAAAUGAAGGGUGAUGUUAGUGGCGACACUGGAACAGUUCGCCCACACAAGGACAGCAGUACAACAAGCUACAUUACAUUGGCUGACAGAGGACUUGAUGGAACAGUGAGGAGAUACAUCAUUCGGCAACGUCGUGUGGGGACAGUUCGAUGGCAUCAGUGUUCAUACUGUACCAAAGAAUUCAAGAAACCCUCAGAUCUAGUUAGGCAUAUCAGAAUACACACACAUGAACGGCCAUACAAGUGCACUCAUUGUUUCCGGUCCUUUGCUGUGAAGUCUACACUCACUGCCCACAUUCGGACGCACACUGGUAUCAGGGACCAUGUGUGCUAUAUGUGCCUCAAAAAAUUCUCUUCUGCUAGCAGUCUUAAAGUUCACAUACGGAUGCAUACAGGUACCAAACCCUUUGCAUGUCAGCUCUGUGACAAGACAUUCCGAACUACGGGUCAUCAAAAGACUCACAUGUUGUCUCAUACCAAAGAAGGUAGUGGAACAUCCGAAGAAAGGGUUGCAAGGCGAAAACUGGUGAGACAGAAACCUACUCUUCCUGUCUUACCAGAAGUUGCUUUGCAGGAACCAAUCAUUAUCACAAAUAAUGGAUUUGUACAAGCUGUGGCACGCAACAGUACUGUUUUCCUUCCUGGUAACACUGUGAGUUUGGAUCGUCCAUACAUGUGUAAUGUAUGCAAUGCAGCAUUUCGUAAAUUAAGUCAUCUCAAACAGCAUAUUCGCAUGCACACUGGUGAACGCCCAUAUAAGUGCACGCUAUGUGAUAGGCAUUUCAUAUCAAAUGGGGUGCUCAAAGCUCACCAACGUACACAUGAAGGAGUAAAAUCAUACAAGUGUCCAGAAUGUAGUAACAUGUUCUCUACAAAUGGAAGCUUAAAACGUCAUAUGGGGACACACAGUGAUGUCAGGCCCUUCAUGUGUCCAUACUGUCAUAAAACAUUCAAAACAUCCGUCAACUGCCGCAAACACAUCAAGACUCAUAAGCAUGAACUGGCUCUACAGGUUGCACAGCAAACAGCCAAAGAAGAAGGAACUAAUAUUCUCAGCACGAUACCAGUAAAUGGGCAAGGUCCUGCCGUGGUGACAGAAAGUACAAACUUCCCGCCUGAAGGUCUAGGUCCAGACUUCACUCAAGCAUUUUCAGAUCAGCCAUUUCAGGUGGCCUCAACCACUGAACAACAGGAGCAAGAGGAAUCAACAUUUGCUCAGAAUACGCUUGUUCAUACACUUGCUUCUGGUCCUCUGGGGGACGGUGCUGAUCCUGUAACAGCUCCUGGGGUGAUAACACAUACUUUGCAUGCUGAUGCCACAGGGACCAUUACAUUGCCAAGCCUUGCUGGACAACAUACUUUGACUCAGGAGAGCAUCCGGGAAAUUGAGCGUACACUGAAUGAGCAGAUUUUUGGUACUUCUGCAACUGUAACAUCGGAUGUCGUAAAUGUUGGGGGAGCAUCCAGUGACCUGGCCACAAGGGUCGAAGUUGGCGGUAGUGACAGUGAAGUCGAGUCCACCACAACUGAAGAUUUGGCACGUACUCUUGGAGCUGCUACUUCUCCAUCAGCUCAGCCUGAUCCUUCAGCCCUAGGCACUUUGUCAGAAGGACAUAAAGAUGAUAACAGAAACAAGAAUCCAGCAGAACCUUCUGGUAACAGCAGUGUAUUUGGCACCACCUUUGAUUCAGCAGGUUUUGAAUCUUGUGUCUUCUCAGCUAUUACUCUUCAGAGUGAUCCUCUUGAACUUGAAGGUCUGGGAUCAGGUUCAUCCAUGACUACGAACAUGGCCAGCAUUCUCCCUCCAUCUGGGCACCCAGUGCCUGAACCUCAGUCUUCUGGAACAGCUGACACUACUUCUAAGCCUGAACCCUCAGUAAUGUCUCCGAUGGAUGGCCCAGUUGCUGCUGCUGCUGCAGUAGCGGCUGAUGACGCAGAGAAAGAUAAAAACUAUGUUCCAGGACGACCUUUCAGUUCAGAUGCUCCACCUGGUGAACGGCCUUUCAAAUGCAAACAGUGCAGUCGUGCAUUUAAGAAGUCAUAUCAUCUUAAAGAACAUACAAGAAGCCAUGUAGGAAAGAGCUUAAGCUGUUCAUUGUGUGAAAGGAAGUGUACUACCUUCGGUGCUCUUAGGGCUCAUAUGAAAACACAUGAUGGCAAUAGAGAUUUUGGAUGUGAUAUAUGUGGUUGCCGAUUCACAACAAAUGGUUCUCUGAAACGUCACAUGAGUGUUCAUAGCAAUGAAAGGCCAUUGAAAUGCUGUAUCUGCAAUGCAAUGUUCCGGACAGACCAGCUGUUACGUAGACACAUCAAGCUUCAUGAACCAAGGGAGAGGAAGGGGAAGCUGGUAGCAACCAAUCCAUUACAGUCACCACGUGGACGUCGGCGUGCAGCUGUCAUCAGACUCACUGCAGAAGAAACUCAGGUUCUAGCACAGCAACCUCUUGACAAUGCAACUACUGUCUCAGAAAAAGUGCUCAUUGCUUCAGUUGCUGAAAAGGACCGUAUUAGUGAACUGAAGGAUCCUGAUCAACAGUACAAUAUGGAACCAAUUCAUCCAAACCAAUGCAAAUAUUGCCCUAAGAGUUUCCGAAAGCCAUCAGAUCUAGUGCGUCAUAUUCGAAUCCACACAGGAGAGCGGCCAUACCAGUGUGCCUGCUGUAAUAAAUGCUUCACUGUCAAGUCAACAUUAGACAGUCACCUUAAAACACAUGGUGGACAGAAGCUUUUUGCCUGCCAUGUUUGUGGUUGCCUUUUCUCGACUAAAGGAAGCCUCAAGGUUCACAUGCGUCUGCACACAGGUGCCAAACCUUUCAAAUGCCCACUCUGUGAGAUGAGAUUUCGUACAUCUGGUCACCGUAAAGCUCACCUUAUGUCUCAUAUGAAGCACGCAGCUAGUGGUGGUGGGAAACUUUCAUCUCAACUUACAACAUCUGCACGUCGAAACAAACAAGUUGCCGAACAGCAACAACCAGAGCAAGAACAUGAAUCAGAGCUGCAGAACCCAGCAACCAGCACCACAUCAGAGCUAGUGACUGAAACUAUGACACACAUAACACUGGAUCCUGCAACACUAAGUAGCCUGAUACCAGGAGAACCAUUCAAUUCCUCACUGCUGACAACAGCUGCUGAUGGAAGUCACAUUAUGGGCAACUUUCAGUUGCAGCUGACUGAUGGUUUGCAAAUAGCAGGAGUAGAUCCAUCUGGAAUGCUCCAUUCUUAUACAACACAGGCUGUCCAGCUGGAUGAGGCUCUUCUCCAGCAAUUUCAGGCCUCAAACAUAAUUAUCCAGACUACAGAAAGUAAUGACCAGAUGCAGACUCAUGUAAGAGAGGGCAACACAGUUGAAGAUCGACAGCAGCAACAAGCCACAGUAGAUGCUGAUGCUGAUGCUGAAAUGGCAACUGUGCGCUUUGAAAUCCACACAGAUGAGCACGGACAGAUUAUCAAUAUUCAACCAGCCCUGUUACACGAAAUUCCUUCAAGAAAUGGAGAUAUAACAUUUGACCUGACAGGUGACUUGGAUAUGGAAGUAGUGGAAGGUGAUCAACAGUCUCAGGCAUCUCGCUUCCGUGUUACAGACAGUAGAAAAGAAGGACGCACUCUUGUGGCUGUGUCAAUGGGAAACCAUAUGCCUGAUGGACACAAAGAUAAGGAAGGCGGAAAUACUACAGAAGACUACUUAUUGUUUCAUGAUUGUGCUACAUGUGGAAAACACUUUUCAAAGCCCAGUCAGUUGGAGCGUCACACUCGUAUACACACUGGAGAGCGUCCGUUUACCUGUCCCCUCUGUGCCAAGACAUUCAACCAAAAGAAUGCACUCAACACACAUGUGAAAAGUCAUACCGGGGAACGUCCUUUCCCUUGUCCCUACUGUCACUAUUCUUUUACACAAAAGGGCAAUCUGAAAACACAUAUGCGACGUGCCCAUCAGUUCAGUUCUCUUGAGCUAGCUACGAACUCAGCUAUUACAGUUACUACAUCCAUAGCUUCUCCUUCCGCUCCUACUCGAUCGUUGCUCAAACCCAAGCAGCAGUCUACACUGACAAACUUGAACAGUAAUGUAGACUUGGCUGCUGGGAAAUCUCUCGAUCUUGAGAAAGUUGUAGGUGAUCUGUUUCCACAGAUGAGGAAUACCACUCCUGCUGACCCUUAAACAGUGCAUUUCGAUCACCAACGUAAGUACAAACAAACAUUCAUUUAAGCAAUGUGAUGAACAUAAAGUUGCCUUUAAGAUAUUACAAAUAAAAGCUGUCAAUUUAAAUACUGUGUAUAUACAAAUAUUAAAUAGGAAAUACUGUAAAAAUUGUAGAUAUAUUUUCAAAUGUUAAUUUUUUGUGAAUAUUUUCAUCCUUUUACUUAUAUAUGUUUAC